UUCGUUUAAAGAUGAUCCAUUUGCAUGUUUACAUAAUUUAGUCAAAUUGUAUAACAAUGAAUUAAUCAAAUUUCCUUUGGAUACUAAGAAAUUGCAAACUUUUCAUGAGAUAUUGUGUUAUGAGUAUCAAAUUAAAUUUAAUUCCAGUGAUACGUAUAAGUAUAGACAUUUAGAUGAUAUUUCUAUCAACAAUAUUGAGAAUAUUUUUUUUCAUAAAAAUCAAUGGCACACUAUGUCGGAGGUAUUGAUUCUUUAUGAUAUUUUGUUAUUGCAAAUGGUUUUAUAUUGCGAUGUUAAAUCUAUUAAAAUCAAAUUGGAACAAUUCAAACAUUUGAGAGAUUUGUAUCUUAAUAACAGCAACACAACAAGAGAAUUGUAUAUAAAAGUAUUGGAAUGUUUUUUAGAAUCAUUGAAUCUACAUUGUUAUAUUUUUAAUAAAAACAAAUGUAAAGAGUGCGAAGAAUUUGUUCCAUUAUACAUAGAUGAUAUAAAAUAUUUUUUAACUACAAAAGACAAUAUACAAUGGAAAUUGAUAGCAUCAAUCUUACCUAAACUAAAUAAUACGUUUGAUAAUAAUAAUAUAAUAUUUCCAGUUUGGGACCUUUUCUCAAGCGAAUUGAAAGAUCUUCGAGAUUUGCUUACCUCGCUCAAUACACUCGCAGAUUAUUAUUUUCAAUUAGAAAAAAAUUCUCUUCGUGAUCUAUAUAUUGAUCUGUACUGCAAAGAUAGAUUUUGGAUAGUGAUCGCAGAAGGAUUAGAUUCCCAUGUAAUACAAUAUCGGAAAUGGGCAUUGUCUCUAUUAAAGAAAGGGAUUCAUUUUAUGAGCAACAUUAAGUUUGAAAAUUUGGAUGUAAAAAAAAGUAUGCUGGUUCCUUUCAUAUGCAAUACCUGUUCUGAAAAGACAAAAGAAAGAAAUAGGGAGCAAUUCUUGUUGAUCUUAGAAGCAUUGCAAGAAGUGCAAAUUCAUUUGAUAUUACCUGCCUUAACUCAUUUACCUAGUUUGAUAAUAAGCAACAAAGUGUGCAAAAAUUGCUUUGAUAUUACAUGGUUGAGUUGUAUUUUUAAAAGAAUAUUACAGAAUGAUAAUAAAAGUAUAGUCAAACAAGGAAUAUUAGAUAUUUGCAAAGUUGAUGUAGUAAUGUAUGAUGAUCAGUUUCUUGAAUUUUUUGUAAAUGUUUUAAAUAACACUUUUUUGUAUGAAAUAGAAUCCAAUAAGAAUGAAUCAAAAUUAGUAGAAGAACUUAUAGAAUUGCUUAGCCGCUUAACUGAAUCUUGUGGUGAUUCUGUUUUAAAGAAAUUUUUGUAUCACAUUAGUUUAAUUAAUUGGGGUCCUGUAGCGAUAUUUUAUGUUACGUAUGUUCUUUCUAAUGUUUUUGAAAGAAAUCGAUCUCGCAUUAGAUUGGAAGAAAAUGAUUUUAAUGCUAUUCAAUCAUUAGCAUCGUUAAAUUUGAAUAAACAUUCACUCAUUUUACGAGUUGCAUCUCAAAUUAAUAUUAUUAAGAUAAUAUCUUUUUCUAAUAUGACGCUAAAUGAUUUAAUAUUACUUUCAAAUAUUUUGUAUACUUUUACCAUUGACGAAACUUUUAGAAAAGAUUCAGAUACUUGGAAAAUAAUUGUUAAAUGGUUACUCGAAGCAACUACAAACACUAUUGCUUCAAAUUUUAUUUGUUAUAAUUUAAAACAAUAUCUCCUGGAUGAUAAAUCAUUUAAGAUUAAUAUUAAAACGCUUGUGCUCAUGAUUUGUCUUCUGUAUGAUGCUAAAUUAAUACUUUAUACACCAUCAUGUGUUGCGUUACACCAAUUAAAAUAUUCAUUCGAUUUGUUGAUUAAAUCUGACAACAGGCCGUAUUCUAAUGUUCAAUUAAAUAUUAAAGUACUCAAAUUAAUGUCGUAUUUGCUUAAGGAAAACCGUAAUAUUAUCACACAAAUGUUGUUUGGCUACGGCGACACUGCCAUGAGAAUUAUAAUUAAAUAUGUGAAAAAGAUAUCUACUAUCCUACUUUAUGAAGAAUUGGAUGAAUUUUUAAAUAUGAUUACAACGUUUUGGAAUAACAGAGAUUUAAUAUUCUCCAAAGAAACAAUAAGCAUGCACACAUCUAAUUUAAAAACGCUAGUAUCUGAAAAUAUAUUUUUUGUAAAAGGUACCGAAUAUUUAUCCAUAUUACACGUUUUACUUCUCUGCCAAAGUUUAGAUAUUUUAUCAUGUACAAAAGAUAUGUAUGAGUUCUGCAUAAAACAGAUUAACAAAUUUCAAAUAUGUAAUAAGGGACCUAGUAAUACAGAAAAUGAAAAAGGAAAGAUUAUGUCACAUUACUUGUUUCUUAUGACUAAAUUAAUGCACAACUAUCUUCAGCAAUUUUCAACUGAUAUAUGGAAAAUAGAUUGGUAUGAGAUAAUAUCGAGUUUUCUUGAACUGGAAGGUAUUAAUAUAAUUCCUUCAAUAGCAGUGUUAUUGAAAACAAUCGUCGAAAAGGAUGGACUACCACGUUCAGAAGAUAUUACAAAUUUUACAUCGACCAUUCAAUUAUGUUGGAAAAUUACAUUUGAACAUAAAAAAGAUAGCACUUUUUCCAUGGCUAUUAAAAGUCUUCUCACAGUUAUAAUUAAUUCUAAAUUUUUGGAUUUACCAGACAUUGCCAUUAUUAUAAAUCCAUUACUAAAUCAAUUGAUUCAAGAAAGCGAUCAUAUGCCCAAUUUAAAAAGAAUAUUGUUAAAUCAAAUGGAAUCAUUAGAUAUUAACGAUACAAUCUUUAAUAAAAUAAAUGUUGAUAAAUUAUUAUUCGCAUGUCUUCUCCAUGGUUAUGCUAUUAGACGAGAUAAAAAGAUUGAAAAUCAAAUAUAUUUGUCUAUAAAAAAAGAUUUUCAAGACUUGUAUAAACUUCAUUCGUUGAACAUCGACUAUAAUAUUGAUGCAACCGUGAAGGCACACGCAGUAAUAUUAUUUCACAAAAUAAUUACCGAAAAACCUAAAUAUGCAUUGAUAUUUUGGCAAUUGGUUUCUGAAGAAUUGAAAAAAUAUACGAAUAAAAGAUACUUCAAAGAUUCUUAUUUGCAUAGAAUAAAACAUAGACUGAUGCAAAUAUUAUUGUUAUUAGAGCCGCUACUAAACAUGGAAAGUAUUCUAUUGGUUCAAGAACUAAUAUGUAAUUUAAUUUUAUUAGAAAGUAAUCAGCAUAGUGUACGUCUGAUGCAAGAAUGGUUAUUAAUUAGGAUAUUUAUAAAAUAUACUGAUUUACAUAAUAAAUUAUGGGAAUUCUUUGAAGAGAGUCUCUCGAGACGUCCUGGAUGUACAAGUUCGAUUGCAAGUGUAAUAUAUCAUGUCUCUCUAUUUUUUUCUGGACAAGCUCAAUGUGAUUUUCUUACGCGAGCAAUGCCAUACAUUGCAUAUUGCUGUUUAGGCCAAAAUUAUAAUAUGCGUUUAUACAAUCAGGUGAUUCUGGUUAAAUUAUACGAACUAUCAAAAUGCUCUAAUUUUGAUAACAUCGUAUCAGAAUAUUCAGGAAUAUAUAAUGCAGCAGUUAAAAAUUUACAAGAAGGAAAGUCUAUGAAAAAUUCAUUACAAAUACAGGAUGAUUUUUAUUUUUCUGCUUUUCAUCCAGAAGAUGAUUAUAGUUUACAGACUAUCUAUUUUGAGAUACCAAGAUUGUCCACCAUCUAUAUAGAUGAGUGGGUUCCACUUUAUUUAUUUGAAGAUUUAAAUUUUACAGAAUAUAAUAAUCAUCCUUUACGUUUAAGAAAUUUAAAUAACAAAUUAACCGAAUCUAAAGUACCUCCACACUUUCUUAAAGCCGAUCCAUGUAACAAGGAAACAUUAGUAGUUGAAACAGAUUCUGAUGGCGUAUGUGAUUUACAAAAGAAAAUAAUCCCUUUUAAGUUAGUUAGUUCUUAUGAAAAUGAUAAUUCAUUGACAUUAUUGCAACAUCCUUUGUCUCAUUUAAAAAAUGAAGGCAUCAUAAUUGUUGCAUCUCUGAUUGAUCGUCCUACAAAUCUAGGAGGUCUUGUAAGAACGUGUGAAGUAUUUGGUGUUAAAGAAUUCAUUAUUGGAAAUAUACAGCAUUUGGAAGAUAACAAAUUUAAAAAUCUCAGUGUAUCUGCCGAUAAAUGGAUAAAUAUUAAAGAGGUAAAGCCUCAUCAAUUACGUGAAUAUCUCUUAGGAAAAUACAAUAAGGGUUGGGAUUUGGUAGGACUUGAACAAACUGCUAACAGCACUAAUCUUUUGAAUAUGCAAUUUAAAAAGAAGACAAUACUUGUUUUAGGAAAUGAAAAGAGUGGUAUACCAGCUAAUAUAAUAUCCCUUCUUGAUGUUUGCGUGGAAAUACCUCAAGUUGGCAUGAUACGUUCAUUAAAUGUUCAUGUUAGUGGAGCAAUGUGUAUAUGGCAUUAUGCACAACAACAUAUAUUUACUUCAAACUCUUGAUAAUAAGAAUCGAUUUGUUUUUAUAAAAGAUUAUGUAUUAUUGGAAUAGUGUAAAUUUUGCGAAAAUUAUAGUAUAAUAAUAAAGAUCAUGAUAAUAAUAAAAGAAAAAAAUAAAUAU